GAAGGAGGAUCAGAUAAGGGCCUACGAAGAUGGGUGGAUGGCCAGACGAUUGUUCGAUCUGAACAUUCGGAGGGGGAGAGUGAAGUUCGAAAGCCCGAACGUGGUGUCCUACGUAGCAAAGGCAGUGGAAGUUGCUACAUGGUUGAUCCAGAAGCGUACUAUUAAUUUAAAGCUCGGAGGGAAGGAGUACCCGGUGCUGAUAAAGCCGUGGAUGAUGAAGCUGGAGCUUAAAGAGCUGAGACUGAGGGAAGUGGAAACCAACUUUUGGAUCUUAGCGCUGCGGGUACCAUUGGAUGCCAUGUGCUAUCUACCCUCAGCGGUAGAAGGCUUGAUAGGAGGAGUGAAGUGUAUCCAUCCACCAGAAGCUGAUAGGUCAAAGCCCAAAUUGAUGAAUAUCAAGCUGGACAUGGACCCGCAGACAAGGUUCAGAGUGGAGGACACUUUAUCUAUUGAAUCCCCAAAAGGUGAACUCUGGACAGUCCAAGUGGCAACGCCGUUUUCUGACUGGUGUCGAAAGUGUCGUUGGUACUUUCACACGGAAGAUGACUGGCCAAGGCAAGCGGAGUCAAGUACAAGGAGGAGCUGGGCAAACUCCAGACUACCUCGGCAGCAGCCUCCAGUACGUCAACAGGAGGGGCAGAACUCGCAAAGGCCUAAUCAGGCCUCGACUUCUCAAGUUUCAAAUCGGCAGCCACCAGGUCAGCAGACCCAACCUCUAGACAGGGUUCUCCCAGGACCAGCACCACCUGGGACCCAGGGACAGUCAAGCGCAGCUCCUCAAGCAGCAGUGCAACAAUUGCAGCAGAGGACGCAGUACGAGGGGGACGCACGGACUCUGGGCCAGGGUUAUCAAGAGUUGUACCCAGCCUUCUUCAAUUACAACCAGGCGGAUCGUGACCUGUCGGACCCCUUUCGGUUGCCGAAUCCGGAGGAACCAGGGUACACCUGGUACUCGAACAUCAGGGGGGAGGGAGAUCAGCAGGCGGUGAUCAGACACAAAUUGGAUUACUAUGCGCUGGUGAGCAAGGGCCUAGUGCAGCGUGUGACAUAUGUUAGACAGGUCGGUCAUCCGCUCUCUGACCACAAACCAGUCCUGAUGGACCUGGUGCUGUCGGGUGGCCGAGAAAGGGGAAGAAGCUACUUCAAGCUAAACAGUCAGAAUUUGGAAGAUCAGGGGCUGUUAGACUGGGUUCGGGAGCAGAUGGCCUCAUGGCGCUCAGCAAGGCCACAUUUCACUUCCACUGCAGACUGGUUAGACGGAGGCUUGGUGGUCAUCUCAGGAGUAUUGGAUGUCAGCUCCCGAAUUCUGGCAAGACAUCGUAAUAAGGAGGAGGAGCAAUGUAGAAGGAGGGUGGAGGAGGCUGAGGGAAAGAUGGAGAUGCAUCCUAUCUCAACACUGGUUUGGGCGAAAGAAAGGGAAACAAGAACAGCGGAAUGGAAGAAACUGCAAUUGGAUAAACAGUCAAGAUGGGAAGAGACUCUGAAAGUCAAGGGGAUACUGGUGUACGAUAGGAUGACUAGAGAAACGUUCCGCAAGCUAUUACCGAGCUCCUCUUUCCAGCAGGUAGUGCAGUUGGACCACCCUUUUGACCAGAGAGCCCCUAAAGCGCUGACUCAGGAGGAGUUGUUGGAAUAUGCCAGGAUCUUUUAUGCAAACAUUCUUACGACCAGGAGGACGGAAGACAUAGUGGAUACGGACCUGUCACGUGAAGUGAACAUGUGGGAGGACACCGCAGCCCUUCUUGAGGAAACAGACAGGCUAGCAUUGGACAGACCAAUCACGGAGGAGGAAUUGAAGCAAACAGGGAAAGAGAUGGCGCCAGGAAAGUGUCCAGGGAGGGACGGGUUGACGGUAGAGUUCUACAGGGCCUGUGGGGACGUGUUGUUUCCUCCGCUGGUGGAAGUGUAUAAUGAGGUGCUGGGAGAGGGGAAAUUAGGAGGUGCGAUAACCCACGGGGUCAUCUCAGUGAUGUUCAAAAAAGGAGAUAAGGCCCAUAUCCGGAACUAUCGGCCUAUCUCUGUUUUGAAUGUCAAUUAUAAAUUGUUAGCCAAGACGCUGGCCCUGCGGCUAGGUAGAAUACUUCCUAAGUUGGUAGAGAGAGAUCAGGGGGCCUUUGUACAUGGACGUUCGAUCUUCGUGAACAUUCUAACAGUUAUUGAAAGCAUUGAAGUGAUACAAGAGGAGAACCUGGAUCCGGCAAUUCUGUUGCUGGAUAUGGAGAAGGCCUACGAUCGGGUAGGCUGGUCUUUUGUGCUGACCACUUUGCGGAAGAUGGGCUUCGGGCAGGGUUUCUGCAAAUGGGUUAUUGCGAUGUAUACCCUGUCCUCUUCAACAGUCCAAGUCAAUGGGCACCUCUCCAGGACCUUUCAGCUGUCAAGAUCGCUUCGGCAAGGCUGUCCGCUCGCCCCGCUCCUGUUCGUCCUACAGUUGGAAGUCCCUCUCAAUCGAAUUCGUAAGCAGCCCCGAAUCCGAGGGUUACCAUUGUCGGCAAACAGGGACUGCCGCACAAAAGCGUUGGCCGAUGAUCUGUUUUUAAUUUCGGCCAACACAGCGGAGUCAUUGGAGGCAGUCAAGUCGGUGCCGGGGGAGUACUCCUUGCUGUCUAAAGCAUCGGUCAACUGAAAUAAGUCCACAUAUAUCCUACCGGAAGGUAGGGAGUUGCAAGCUGAAUGGGGAAUGCAGAGAGUAAACCCAGAAACAGGUG